AGAGGCAAUCGGACAAUUUCAGAACUGAAAACCCUAAUCUAUCUUCUCGGGGGUUGUCAUCUCCAAAAUUUUUUAGGGUUCAAUCUCUAACCUUAUCUCAGACGUCGAAGGGGACGGAGAAAUGGGAGAAGACCAGCUAGAUUUCGAGCUCCCCGAAGAGGUUCUGUCGGUGAUUCCGAUGGAUCCUUUUGAGCAGCUGGAUCUCGCUAGAAAGAUCACGUCAAUGGCGAUAGCUUCAAGGGUCUCUAAUCUAGACUCUAAGGUGGUGGAAUUGAGGCAGAAGCUUGUGGAUAAGGAGAAUGUUGUGCGUGAGCUCGAGGAGAAGGCUUCUCGCCUUGAGAGAGAUUGCCGCGAGGCUGAUUCGAGAUUGAAGAUUGUCCUCGAAGACAAUAUGAACCUGACUAAGGAGAAGGAUUCACUGGCAAUGACUGUAACAAAACUCACUCGUGAUUUGGCUAAGUUGGAGACAUUCAAGCGACAGUUGAUCAAAUCCCUGAGCGAUGAGAGUGGUCCUCCGCAAACAGAACCUGUUGAUAUCAGGACAUGCGACCAGUCAAUUCCUGGAUCAUACCCAGGCAAAGAUGAAAGAACUCAUGCGCACUCAACAAACUACAGUGGAUCCACAGACAUGACCAAUCCAGGUGUCGAAGCUUCAAAAUACACUGGAAACAAAUUUUCAAUGACACCAUACAUCUCUCCACGUCUCACACCAACCGCAACACCAAAGAUCAUCUCCACAAGUGUAUCCCCUCGAGGCUAUUCUGCAGCGGGUUCUCCUAAAAGGACAUCAGGUGCGGUUUCUCCCACAAAGGCAACUCUCUGGUACCCGUCAAGUCAGCAAUCAUCAGCUGCAAAUUCUCCUCCUCGCCACCGCACACUCCCAGCUCGAACACCGCGGAUGGAUGGUAAAGAAUUUUUCCGGCAAGCUAGGAGCCGAUUAUCGUACGAACAGUUCAGUUCCUUCUUAGCUAACAUCAAGGAGCUCAAUGCUCAAAAGCAAACCCGAGAGGAAACUCUGAGGAAAGCAGACGAGAUAUUUGGGGAAGAUAACAAAGAUCUCUAUUUAUCUUUCCAAGGCCUCCUUAACCGAAACAUGCGUUAAACUUUCAUAAGCCCAUUAUCUUGAACUGGCCAAUGUGAUAGGAUCAUAACCAUUGUAGUAGUAUGUGAUGUGUAUUCUCGAUGGGAUUAAGUGACAUGCAAAGUGUGCUUGUGCUUCACAAAAAAAGAAAGAAACAUAUCGUUUUGGAAAGUGUUCUGUUUCUUCCUCGUAA